UAAAAUGGAUAUUGUACUUGUAGCCGGUGCGAUAACUGGUGGAUAUAAUUUAUUAAAAUUAAUUGUUGGAAAAACUCAGAAUGAAGAGAGCAGUGAAGAAGAAUACGAUCGCUGGAAUGAAGAGGCAGAUAUAUUUGAAGCACGGGUACGUAAACGAGGAGAUUUCAGACACGUUACGAGAAUUGAAGGUUAUGUAAAUAUAACAAUACGUGACUAUUCAGAAAGACAAUUCAGAGAACAUUUCCGAAUGACUAGAGAAACAUACGAAAUUUUCGAGCAAAUAUUGGCACCUGAUCUGAUUAGAACAGCGGAAAGUGGAAGACAUACUUUAGAUGUCCGGACACAGUUACUUGCAGUUCUGUGGUUGCUUGCAACUCCUGAUUCAUUCAGAUCUGUGUCUGAUCGCUUUGAUAUUAGCAAAUCAUUAUUGCAUGAUUCCAUGAGAAGAGUUGUGGAUGCCUUGAAUAAUGUAGCUGACAGGUAUAUUAAAUGGCCUAUAGGUGAACGAUUGGAUGUUGUUAAACAUCGAUUUUCACGAAUUGGCUCUCUUCCUGAUGUCAUAGGGGCAAUUGGUGGAUGUCAUAUUCCUAUCCUAGCGCCAAAGGUUCAUCCUAUUUCCUAUAGAACAAGAAAAAAAGAAUAUGCCAUUACACUGCAGGCUGUGUGCGAUGCAGAUCUGAUAUUCACAGACUGUUUUGUCGGGUUUGCUGGAUCCGCUCAUGAUGCCAGAAUUUUCAGGAACUCUGAUCUCUGGCGUAUAGUAAGAAGAAAUGAAAAUGAUUUUUUUCCUAAUAAUGAAUUCAUUAUAGCUGAUAAAGCUUAUCCGGUGUUGCCAUGGUACAUAGCACAUAUCAAUAGAGGUAAUAUGACUGAGGCACAGAACAAUUUUAAUCAGCAUCUUUCAAAAAUGAGGGCGGUUAUUGAAAGAGCUUUUGCACUUCUUAAGGGAAGAUUCCGACGGCUAAAGUACUUGCAUAUGAGCUGUGCCGAUCUGAUACCUUAUGUAAUUUUGGCAUGUUGUGUACUUCACAAUAUUUGCCUUCAAGGUUGUAAACAUGAUAUAGAUGAGUUUAUAGAAGAGGGUAUGGACCAGGCUGCUGGUGGCAACAAUAAUGCGAAUGACUUAAACCCUAAUUGGUUACCUAAUGACCCAAUAGGAUUGGCCCGCCGUGAAUAUCUUACAACUCUUGUGGAACACAUUGUAUAAUGAAAUAUAUUGGUUCUGACGAAAUAAAGCAUAAAGGCCUAUCCAGAUAAACCUGUAUGGCUGCAUGUAUAAG